AUGAGCGUCCAACUGCCCCCCGCCACACACCGCAAACGCACCCUCCCGCAAGGCGAGCUCGAAGCCGCCUCGACGCUGAAACUCGGCGCGGACCAAAACACUCACACGCUCUCGCUCUCCGAGGCGCGGCUGGUCAUCAACAAAGUCCUCGAGAAUAAGCGCCGGGGCGGCAAGAAAUACGAGGAACCGGAAAACCUCACCAAGACGCUGGACUACCUCGAGGUGUUUGCGCGGUUCAAGGACGAGGAGAAUAUCAAGGCGGUGGAGCGCUUGCUGAACUCGCAUACGGAACUGGAGAUGUUUGAGCGGUCGCAGCUGGGGAGUCUGUGCUGCGAUAAUGCUGAGGAGGCUAAGUCACUGAUUCCGAGUCUGCAGCAUAAGAUCUCGGAUGGGGAGUUGCAGGAGCUGUUGGAUGAGUUGACCAAGUUGCGCAAUUUCACCGAGUAG